AUUCAUUCAUAAACAAUUCGCCGGCCUGUUUGUCACUUUGUCUGUGGGAUCUCGCUAGUAAGAUUCGUCCAUUGAUAGUGAAAUGGCUCCGAUCGCUGUUGGUGACGCGUUGCCGGACGGGACCCUCUCGUACUUCGACGAGCAGGGUCAGCAGCAACAAGUGUCCGUGCACGCUGUCGCUGCCGGUAAGAAGGUCAUCCUCUUUGGGGUUCCUGGUGCUUUCACCCCGACUUGCAGCUUGAAGCAUGUACCUGGAUUCAUUGAGAAGGCUGAGGAGCUGAAGGCCAAGGGAGUCGAUGAAAUUCUGUGCAUCAGUGUUAAUGACCCUUUCGUCAUGAAGGCGUGGGCCCAAACUUACCCUGACAACAAACAUGUGAAGUUCCUAGCUGAUGGCUCGGGUACAUACACUCAUGCUCUCGGUCUUGAGCUUGACCUGACUGAUAAAGGCCUUGGCACUCGUUCUAGGAGGUUUGCUCUCUUGGUUGAGGACCUUAAGGUGAAGGCUGCAAACGUCGAGUCUGGUGGAGAAUUUACAGUCUCCAGUGCUGAUGAUAUCAUUAAGGCUCUUUAAAUUGUCAGUUCUUCAUGGAGUGCCUGUUUGUUGAUGAGCUUUUAUUACCCUUUGUUAUCAAUCUUCAGUUUUUAUGUGGACAACUUUUAAUUAUAGAUACUGAGGAGUCUUUAGUUUUGAGGUGUUUUAAUGAUGGUUAUGACUUACGAGAAUAAAGAGCUCUUGUUUUUGUGCUGUGAAAAAUGAUGUUCCAUGUUUUAUAAUAUUAGUAAAUUUGUAAUGAGCAUGCGUUGUCUGAGAAAGCAACAACUUCGAAGGAA